CAAGCCCGCAAACGAUAAAAGAGAAGAUUCUGACCGCUCUGAUGAGCGAAACCCUCCCUCGUCUCCUCCCCACUCCACUCGCUCCCUCCCAUCAGCGUUUCGCUCUCGUUUCGUUCGGUGUUGCCGCGCGCGCGCGCGCCCGCAUCAUUGCGCCAUCACUCUCUCGCUCGCGCUGGUCGCCCAACGCCACCGAACGCCAUUAUGGUGGGCGGAUACUAGUAGCAGGAAGGGCGGAGCGGAGGGGGGAGAGGGGAGAGGAGUGUACGCUUGCGGCAGCGGUGUACGUUCGUACGUGCGGGCGUUGAGUGAUGGGGUGCAAGGGGUCCAAGCUGGAGGACCAGGAGGCCGUCGCGCUGUGCCGCGGCCGCGCCGAGCUGCUGGCCGCCGCCGUGCGCCACCGGUACGCGCUCGCCGACGCGCACGGGGCGCUCGCGGACUCGCUCCACUCGAUGGCCGCGCCGCUGCACCGCCUCCUCCUCCUCCAGCUCCAGGCCUCCUCGCCGCAGCUCACGCUGCCUACGGCACGCAAGGGCGGUCGUCCGCGGACCGCCGCCGCCGCCGCCACGUUGUCGCUUCCUCACGGCCGUUCGGCGCACCUCGACGACCUCGGGUCGCCGUCCGGAUCCGAGACGGCCUCGCCGGCCGACUCGCCCCUCCGCGCAUUCCCCGAGCAGCAGCUCCCCUACCCGCAUUACGCGUACGGGUACGGGACGGGGCCCGCGUUCGCGUACCCGCCGCCUCCGGCGAGCUCCCUGCAGUUCUACUACGCGCGCAGCCGCCCUCCGCCGCCGUCGGUCGGCGUCGCGCAGCGCGCGCCGGUGUCGACGGAGCGCGUGUACUACGGCUCGUUCGACCCGACCAGCGGUUACCCGCAGUAUUACGCCAACGGCGGCGUGCCGGCCACAGCCGCGCCGCAGCGGAUGGCGGCUCCCGCGCCUCCUCGUUCGCCGCCAAGGGAGAGCUCCUGGGCCUUCUUGAACGUGUUCGCGAACUACGAGCCGUACGACAACUAUUACUACGACUCCACAGCCGCAGCGGCCUCUGCCGCGGCGUACACGCCGAGCAGGAGCUCGCGGGAGGUGCGGGAGGAGGAGGGCAUCCCGGAGCUGGAGGAGGACGAGGACGACUGCGUGUUCAAGGAGGUGGCCAGCGGCGGGUACUCGGCUGGGAGCGGCGGACACCGCAGCCGGCGCAGCUCGAUUGGUAGCCUGAGCAGCGUCGCCGAGCAGGAGAACGCCGUCAUUGACAAUGACGUCGUAGCUAGCACCAGUGAGAUAUACCGGAGGCCACUGGCACACCGGAAUGUCGCCAUGCGCGCGCUAGCACAGGCAGCGCAGAGGGUCGCCGGCAACGGCGGCAAUGUGGAUGUUGCCGGGGAGAUCAAGGCCCAGCUUGUUCGGGCAGCAGAAGCAACAAGGGAGCUCGCGCCAUUGCUGGAGGUCGGGAAGCCGAGCUACCAAGAACACAGCCAUGCUUCAUCACGGCUGAUGUCGUCAAUCCCUGUGCCUAACUUGGGGUGCAAAGGCGUGGACUUGGUGGACAUUAGAGGAGGAGGGGUAAUGGUGGACUCGAAGAGCCUAUCCUUGACACUGGAGAAGCUCUAUUUCUGGGAGAGGAAGCUGUAUGGUGAGGUCAAGGCCGAGGAGAAAAUGCGUUUACUUCUUGCCAAGAACUCUAAACGACUCAAAUUAUUGGACCAAAGGGGUGCUGAGGCUCAUAAGAUCGAUGCAACAAGAAAUUUGCUGAGGAAAUUGUCAACAAAGAUUAAAAUAGCUGUCCGUGUUAUUGCCAAGGUUUCAACAAAGAUAAACAAAGUGAGGGACGAGGAAUUAGGGCCACAAGUUAAUGCCUUGAUCCAAGGGUUUAUCAAAAUGUGGCAGUAUAAGCUACACUCUUACCACACACAGUUUCAAGUGAUCUCGGAAGCCAAAAACUUGGUUUCUGUCGUGUCACGUGAAAAUGGACCUGAUCUGGCAAUGGAGCUUGAACUAGAGUUGAUUAAAUGGAUCAUCAAUUUUUCGUCUUGGGUGAACGCUCAUAGGAACUUUGUAAGGGCAUUGAAUGGAUGGCUAGCACUCUGUCUUAACUACGAGACUGGGGAGACAACUUAUGGGGAACCCCCUUAUUCACCUGGAAGAAUAGGCGCUCCAUUGGUUUUUAUUAUCUGCAACAGAUGGUCUCAAGCUAUGGAUCAGAUUUCUGAGAAGGAUGUGGUUAACGCCAUGAAAGCUCUUGUGUCUAGUGUACAGCACUUGUGGGAGCAGCAAAAUCAAGAAGAGGGUGAAGAACGAAUCCUAGCAAUCCGAGAAAGGGAAAGAUGGAUGAAGAUGUUGGAAAAGAAGACGCUAGAGGUUAAAAGGGAAGCUGAUGAAUUAAACAAGAAGCUGGCCCUAGUACUGAGGCGGCAGAGUUUGCAUCAGCGUCCAACAAUGCAAACAUACGAAGCCCAUUGUGUUGAAGCAAGCAGCGUACAUAUAAAUUUGAGGUUAGUUCUUCAAGCUCUGGAGAAUUUUGCUGCCAACUCCCUGCAAGCCUUCCAAGAGAUACUGAGGCAAUCUGACAGCUGAAGAAGGUGAGGUUGUUGAGAAGACAGCAUGAAAAUGUGGUAGGCCGGAAGCAAGAAGAGAACUUCCAGCAGCAACCCGGUUUGUUAAAAUUUUGAAGCCAACUCAUUAGUCGGAAACCAGAGAAUAUGGAUCAAAACACAUGAUACAGACGAGAUGGUGAGCACGGUGACCAUGCAGAUGAAAUAAAACUUGGAUGGGCUUUGUACGAACAUGGAGGCUCAGAUGAAGGAAUUGAGAAUUUGAGAUGAGGAUUUUUGUGCUGUGCCGUUAUAAAUUUCUUGCCAGAAUUUGGGGGCAGAAGAGAUGAGGGUUGUUCUGUCCUGUGUUCAAGCACAGAGUUUACCCACUGGCUGGGUGAAGAACCUGGAUGCCAUGGUUACUUGAACACCACCAGAAUACAGUAGUAUGAAAUGCGGUUCUACAUUAUGGGCUCUGCUUCUACCUAAAGGAUUAAGGUACUGUUUCAUUUUGGUGAUGGGGGGCAUGUACAAUGACUGAAAGUAGUCAGCUGAACGUGCAAUAGGAAAACUAUUACUACCUCCGUCCUAAAAUGUAGCUAUUUCUAGCACAGUACUUUGUCCCAAAAUGAAGUUAUUUUUCUACCUACCUUCUCCUCUCAACCAAUCACAAGCAUUCUUUUUCACCUAUUUUCUCUUUUCAACUAAUCACACACCUUUUUCAAUCAUUCUCACCUACUUUCUUAAUACCCGUGCCAACCUUAAAAAUGCUUACAUUUUGGGACGGAGGAAGUAAUUGAUGCACGGGUUGUACAUAACUAUAUAUUAUGCUGUAUUCGCAAUGAAGUUUAUGAAAUAGUAUUGCCACUAGGCAUUAGUAGCU